AUGCGGUUCAUAUCUUCGUUGCUCCUGGUCCCCUCUUUGCUGGGGAUUUCCUGCCAGGCUAUCCCGUACGAAGAGUACAUUCUCGCUCCAGCUUCUCGGAAUGUUUUUCCAGCUUCGGUUUACCAGGCUAAUGGCUCGGUCUCUAACGCGGACGUUCUAACCCGCUCUGGUUCCGGAAAUACAACUCUGCGCGGUGUGUCUUCCAUUACCUACGACUUUGGCAAAAACAUUGGCGGUAUCGUCUCUCUGGAUAUCGGCUCUGCCUCGUCUCGCGAUGCCUUUGUGGGCGUGGCCUUUACGGAAUCUAGCCUAUGGAUCAGCAACCAGGCCUGCGAUGCCACUUCGGACGCAGGAUACGACACCCCGCUGUGGUUCCCCGUCGGUAAAGGUCCAGGACGUUAUACAGCAGAGAAGAAACACACUCGAGGUGGAUUCCGAUACUUGACUCUUAUCAGCAACACGACCGCGACAGUGUCCGUUCGCAGCCUUCAAGUCAACUACACCGCUGCACCGACCCAGGAUCUACGUGCCUACACGGGCUACUUCCACAGUAACGACGAAUUGAUCAACCGGAUCUGGUAUGCGGGAGCUUACACCAACCAGCUCUGUACCAUUGACCCGACUACCGGAGAUGCCCUGCCUCUCUUGGGAGCUAUCAACUCGGGCGACAACAUCACCUUACCACAGACUGACCCUUGGUGGAACAACUACACCAUCACCAACGGAAGCAGCACAAUCACUGAUGGAGCCAAGCGGGAUCGUCUCGUGUGGCCAGGAGAUCUUUCAAUUGCACUUGAGAGCAUCGUCGUGAGCACAUCGGACUUUUACAGUCUCGACAACGCAAUCCAAACCAUGUUCGCACAGCAGGCAGCCGACGGUCGUUUGCCGUACGCCAGUAAGCCGUUCACCGACACUGUGAGCUUCACCUAUCACCUGCACAGUCUCGUGGGAGUCUCAUAUUACUACCGGUACUCGGGUGAUCAAGACUGGCUAUCCAGCUAUUGGAGCCAGUAUAAGAAAGGUCUCGAAUGGGCUUUGUCAAGUGUUGACAGCACUGGCCUAGCUAACAUCACCGCAAGUGCCGACUGGCUGCGAUUUGGCAUGGGUGCUCAUAAUAUCGAAGCAAAUGCCAUCCUUUACUUCGUGCUCAACGAAGCCCAAGAGCUUGCCGAAAUACUCGAAGACUCCGAUGUGUCCGCGAACUGGGCUAAGAUUGCAGCUGGUAUCAAGUCUGCCGCCAACGAACGCCUGUGGGAGAAGGAUGCUGGCUUGUACCGUGAUAACGAAACGACAACCCUUUACCCCCAGGAUGGCAACUCCUGGGCAAUCAAAGCCAACCUGACCCUGUCGGAAGAACAAAGCAGUGUAGUCUCUUCUGCCCUUCAAGCCCGCUGGGGACCCUAUGGUCCUCCCGCCCCCGAAGCUGGAAAGACCGUCUCACCAUUCAUCAGUGGCUUUGAGUUGCAGGCGCAUUACUUGGCCGAUCAGGCAGAGCGGGCACUGGACCUUAUUCGGCUAGAAUGGGGCUUCAUGCUGGACGAUCCCCGCAUGACGAAUUCGACUUUCAUCGAAGGUUAUUCCACCGAUGGAUCCUUGAAAUAUGCCCCGUACUCAAACGAUCCCCGUAUCUCGCAUGCCCACGGUUGGUCGACAGGGCCGACCGCAGCUCUCACUUUCUAUGCUGCUGGACUUCAGAUCACCGGCGCGGCGGGAACUACAUGGCGUAUCGCGCCGCAGCCAGGUAACUUGACUGAAGUGGACGCUGGCUUCACGACCGACUUGGGAUCGUUUGCUACGUCCUUCCAACUGACGAAUGACGGAAAGGGAUAUAAGGAGUUCUCUUUCACCACACCAAGCGGCACUCAAGGAGAUGUGAAGCUGGCAGGAGUUGAGGGAACCCUUGUCUCAGACAGUGGCCGUAUCAAGCUGGUCAACGGAGCUGCCACGGGAGUGAAGGGUGGUAGCUGGAAGUUGGAGACCAGCAAAUGA